UCCCGCACAGCUGCGGAUGUUUGCCGCACUCUGUGCCGCAGCGCGUCGCCCUGAGCGCAUUCCAGUUGCGGAGUGUUUUGAGCGGACUCAGAGUCUUCACAUUCCUCUGUAGGCGCGGUAGACUUUCCCGAGCUGCUGGUUGUUUCGUGUGGGCUGUUAAAAUAAACUGUUUUUACACCUUGUCGGUGGGAUUAUGACGCCGUCUGUGCGUCGUCGGCGACAGUAAGCUGCGAGCUGUAAGUCAGCCGCAGGUGGAGUGGACGGGACUCACUGUGGGAAAUGGACCAUGAGCAGCAAUCAGAGUGUGUACCUGCGUGUUUCCAAGCAGUGUGACGGACUGAUUGGAGUUUCAUUUCAGUGUUUUUGUGGCCAUGGCGGGUUGCUGGCAGUGGUGCCGCCGCACCUGUCUCUGCUGUCUGUCCGAGGAGGAGAAAAGGACCAUCGCUGUGGACAAAGAGAUCAAGAGGAUCCUCAAGCAGCAGAAGAAGAAGGAGAGACGGGAAAUUAAAGUCCUCCUGCUGGGUACCGGAGAGAGCGGGAAAACCACCUUCAUCCGACAGAUGAGGAUCAUCCACGGACGGGGCUUCUCAGAGGAGGAGAGGAAGGCCUUUGCCAAAUGCAUCUUCCAGAACAUUUUCACCGCUAUGAAGGCCAUGACGGGAGCCAUGACCACACUCAAAAUCCCCUACUCCAACCCAGAGAACGAGAUCUACGCCAAGUGGCUGAGGGAUGUAAACACAGUGCAGAUCAUCCAGCUGGAGCGGGGCUACGUUGACGCAAUUCGCCGCCUCUGGGCAGACAUGGGAAUCCGGGUCUGUUACAGCCGUCGCUGUGAAUAUCAACUCCUGGACUCCACAGAGUACUACAUGACUAAUCUCGACCGCAUCUCCGCCCCAGACUACAUCCCCACAGAACAGGAUGUGCUGCGAGUUCGAUUCCCCACCACAGGCAUCCACGACUAUGCCUUCACCAUCAAGACCAUCACACUAAGGAUUGUGGACGUGGGUGGUCAGAAGUCGGAGCGUCGGAAGUGGAUUCACUGUUUUGAAAACGUCACUUCACUCAUCUUCCUGGCCUCCCUCAGCGAGUAUGACCAGGUCCUGGAGGAGAGAGAAACCAUUAACCGUAUGCAUGAGAGCCUGGCUCUGUUCUACACCACCAUCCAUUCGCCGUGGUUUCUCAACACCUCCAUCAUCCUCUUCCUCAAUAAGACGGACAUCCUGGCUGACAAAGUCCAAACAUCUGACCUGCAGAAAUACUUCCCCGGCUUCACAGGUAAGAGGCGAGACCCUGAAGAUGCCAAGAACUAUAUUUACAAGUUGUACGAGCAGCAGACCAUCAACCGCGAUGCGAAGAAAGAGGAGUGGAAGACACUCUAUCCGCAUUUCACCUGCGCCACGGACACCAACAACAUCCGCAGGGUCUUCAGCGACGUCAAGGACACGGUGCUGCUCAAGUCUCUGAGGGACUAUGGAGUCAUUUGAACUUGAACUCAGUGGGGUAAAAAAAAGUGGUGGGUCUUGUCUCUGUCUGGACCAUUUACCUGUUCAAGUGAAGGACCUGAUAAAGGCCAAAACGCUUAUUUUUCAGGAUUCUUUCUAAAGCCUGGAAAAUCAGACAGUCACCCAUCCUUCAUGCUUCUAAGCAGAUGGAGAAAGAAGGGACGAGUUUGUCCCCUUCUAACCUCGCUCACUCCUUCUCUUCCUCUCGAGGUCGAAAAACCUGGAGACGUUCAGGGAUAUUGUCUGACUUCUGAUCAGGGAUGGAGAACCAGUAAUUAUCCUCAUUUCUCUAAGCUAACAGCCUUUUCGCCCUCCAUUUAGAUUUUUUUUCCCUCUUCUUCAAAAGACGAAGACGUGUCUGGGUCAUGCAGUGACUGAAUUGAUCCAUAAUUGAAGCAGGAGCAGAGAUGCUAUGAAGUGCUGUGCUGCCAUUAACGAAGUAAUGACUUUUACAAGUGGAGAUGGGGUAUGCUUGGGUACACCACCCCGUCACACUCAUUUUAAAUGCUUUAUUUGAGGUACAUUCAGGUAUAGUAGAUGCACACGCGGACUGUAAAAACAAAUAGUUUCCAUUUUGUGUCAUAAAUGGCAAUACGUGGGUUACAGCCUAAUGCACCUGUUGUUGUUAGACAUACCGAAUGUUAGUCUUUGAUUGUUCUACAAAUAUUGCACUCCUGUCAGUGCCAGACUCCCUAUUGAUUAUCUUACACUGGCAAUAUUUCUUACAUAUUAUCUUAUUCGACACAUCUGUUUCGGCACCGUCUUUAUCGGUUAUCGUGUGCUGACAGAUGGUGUAACUGCCUCUCAUUGAGUGGUGCCAUAACAGCAGUAUGUGAUAACAUCCCUACGUCAACCUCUAAUCUGUUUUUCAGCGUACUCCACAACCUGUACAGGCAGUGAGUCACAAAAAAAGAAAAAACAAAGAUGGCUGUGAUGUGAAGUUCAUGUAGUUUAAUAAUGCAGAAACCAAGUGCUUCAACAAAUGAAUAUUUCUAGCCUCUCUUCAAGAGUUUUGCGUUAAAGUUAAAGCACAAUUUAACGCGAUUUAAAGUGUACUGUAAAGCAGCUGAGCACUUUGUAAGGAAGCAGGUGUAAUGUUUUUAGUAGGUUGGUGAUUAAGUUAGCAUGCAUCAGUUUUGCUGAAGUCACUGAAGUUUUAAUUUAAACUUAACUUAAUUUUGGAUGCACCGUAAAGAGUCCUGACCAUCAGAUCUGUUAACAGUCUCCAAGAUGGAGAACAUUAAGCACACGAAGACUUUGAGAUUUGGAUGAUUGAGGUCUAUAACACUGGAAAAAAAGAUCUGCCUAUAAUCAAUAUUUCCAGAUUAACGUCAGCUCACAUGUAAGUGACAGGAGGGACAGCUCACUGUUUUCGCUCAAUCACAGCGUUGUUUCCAGGCUUCUGUUUUGACCGUUAAAGUUGUAAUAAAACCGCUGCUGCUUGCUCAACAGUCAGAGCAGACAGAUAAAAUGUGACUAGCGAGAGCCAGAUAUUUCCAUCGGGAGGUGGUGGAGACCAAAAACAGAGCUAAAAGGAGAGUGAACAUUCACCAGGUCACAACAGAAUCACAACUAAAUGAGUGUAAACAGUUUGCUAAAAGUUGGCCAUAUUAAAUUAAAAGGUGAUAAUGUCAUUGUUGUGUUUAGAUCCCCCCAAGUGCCUAAAAAAAUCAGUUAAAGCUGGUUUCAAUGAUUAAAUAUCAAUUAUUCAGUGUAGUCUGUUUUGUAGCAGUAAAACCAACUGCAGCUUUCUAACUUGAAGUCCAUUCAUAUAGCUGAUUUUUAAUGUCUUCAUUGAAGAUUCUGCUCCGCUGUCUUUACCGCAAUUAAUUCACUUCAUUAAAACCUAUACCGUAAAUAUGAGCACAAAUCACAGUUGGCGGCUGACGAGUUUCAAAAGGUCAACGAGUGAAGGAACGAAGCCUUGUUUGUCCUGCGAGAGGAAAAACAGCUCGAUGCAGACGCGCUGACAAGUUCAAAUCAAGAAUCCAACAGGCGAUCUGCUGGGUAAAGACCUUUAAUAAGAGGUGGCAGUGUUGAAGCCUCUGUGCGUCCUAUUUAUAUCAGUGUGUGAGAGGGACAGGGGAAUUUUAUAAUAUUGAUUAAGCCUGAGUUCUGCCCCCAUUGAGUGUUGAGUGUGUUUGUGUUGAGUUGAAAAUGACAUUGAAGUUCAUUAAACUCAUUGACCUUGAUGGGAAGCUCACAUUAGCUCACGAUGUGUCUGUUAUGUGUGGUUUUGGCUGCUGCUUUGUUAAGUGUAUAUAAAGUGUUUUGAUCUCUACACCUUGCAUUUAGACGUGUUAGCUAUAUUGUUAAAACAAUUUGAUGCCUUCAAACAUGAAUGUAUAGUUUUACUCUACAUUUACUGAUGACUACUGUACCUUUGGUUGAUUUCUAACUGCUGUUGUUUUUUUAUAUUUUUGUUUACCAGCAUCACAGAAACUGUGACUAGAGAGUGUGUUUGCCUAGUGAACUACUUUUCAUGCCUUGGGAAACCUCUCAUACGGUGACAGUGAUUAUUUUGUGUAGACACGGGUGAAGGACAUGGGCAAAGAAAUUUUUUUCUAGUGAAUAUUAAAAACAAACUUUUGAACACA